AAGCAAUGUACACCGCCAUCAACCUAAAAUUUCCUGAUUUGGAAAUUGAACAGUUCACUGAAUAUGCUGCAUACAAAGAAAAUAUGCAAUUCCAGCAAUACACUUUGCAUAUUACUGACAUCACUUAA